GAGAUCAGAUGGAUUCUGCUAAAUUAACUUGCUGUAUUUGUUUGGAUCUCCUGAAGAGUCCGGCGACUAUCCCCUGUGGACACAGCUACUGUAUGAACUGCAUCAGAUCUUGCUGGGAUCGGGAGGAUCGAAAAGGAUUCUACAGCUGUCCUCAGUGCAGGAAAAAGUUCCCAAAGAGGCCUGGACUGGUGAAAAACAUUGUGUUAGCAGAGUUGGUGGAGGAUCUUAAGAAGAUUGGACUACAAGCAGCUCCGGCUGGUCACUACUACGCUGGACCUGAAGACGUCGCCUGUGAUGUCUGCAGUGGGAGGAAGAGGAAAGCUGUCAAGUCCUGUCUGGUCUGUUUAGCCUCGUUUUGUGAGAAACACAUCCAACCUCAUUAUGAGUCUUUUACUUUUAGUAAACAUAAACUUGUUGAAGUUUCAGCGAAGCCCCAGCAGAACUUCAGCUCUCGUCAUGAUGAGGUGAGGAAGAUUUUAUUCGAUAAAUAUAAAAGAGAUCGAAAUGGAGCAGAAAGGACAGAGAAACCGGAGUUUGAGGUGAUGCGACAACAACUUAAGCAGAGAUUUCAGAACCGAGAGAAAGAUGUGAAACUGCUUCAGCAGAAGAUGGAGUGCAUCAGCGUCUCUGAUGAUAAAACAGAGGAGGACAGCAAGGCGUCAUUUCCCUCCUCUGACAAAAGGAGGGUGAAGAGCAGACCUUUAUCUGUGCCGCUACCUCCUGGUCCAGACCCAGUCCCAGCUGGUGGUGUCUCUCCAAACAUGAAGAAACUGAUCAAAAACUUCAACAAAGACCAACCAGCACCUGUACCCACCUCCACUCCAACAAAGAUUUGUGGGAAAUGUGGCAAGGAUCUGUCCAGCACUGAACCAGCUUUGAAGGCAAUGGGCAAACUCUUCCACCCCAGCUGUUUCUGCUGCAAGAGCUGUCAUCGCCCCCUGCAGGGCAUGCAGUUCUAUGUCAAGGAAGGCUCUCCAGAGUGUAAAUGUUGCUAUGUGACUUUCCUGCCUCCCUGCUCUCAAUGUGGAGAGAAAAUCACUGAUCGUAUCCUGAAGGCCAUGGGAAAGUGCUUCCAUGUCCGAUGCUUCCUGUGCAGCACCUGCUCCUGCAACCUAGAUGGACUCCCAUUUAUCGCAGGUGAAGACGACAAGCCCUACUGCGUACAGGAUUACCACAAGCGUUUCUCUCCUCAGUGUGAAACCUGUAAAGAACCCAUUGUUCCGGCUCCGGGCAGUGAAGAAACUGUGAAACUGGUGGCUCUGGGGAAGAACUACCACAUCAAGUGUUACCAAUGUGAGGACUGUGCUCGUCCAUUUUCAUCUGAAGUAGAUAAAUAUCAAGGUCAUCCUGUGGAUGGCAGGAUUCUGUGUACUAAGUGUCACACCAAGAGGACCAUGAUGUGAUUGGCUGAUGCAGGAUCUUUAGGUUGGACCAAAUUUAAAAGCAUAUUAAUUAAAGUAAUAAUUUCAAUUCACAAAACAAUAUUUGACAACUUCAUGUUGUAGCAGGUUCUACACUGAAUUAACGGCUCUUUUUGGCAGAUUUCUUAUGUACGUUUUCCAAACAACUUUGUUAUUUAAAGUGCAGCAUAUUGUAAAGCACUUCAUAGAUUUUAUCCAAAUAAUUGUUUUAAAAUUUCAUAUCCAAUAAGAUGAGGCUCAUUUGUAACGUUUUUGACAAUAACCUUAAAUCAGGUGUUAAACACACUUUUCGUUAAGUCCAUAUUCUGUAUUAGAAUAUUUGUUUUGUCUGAUAUAAUAUUCUUAUCUUAAAUGUCCUGUUUAUUAGCUGUAAGCAUAAAGUCAUCAUGGUCAAUAGAUAUGAAGGCUUGAAAUAAUUAAUCUGUGUGUAAUUAAUAACAAGUAGACAGCUAAAAAUUAUUCUAAGUUAUUAGUAUUUUGGUUAAUUUUACUCAAGUAAAACUGGUCAUCCAAAAAAUUACCUGAGUAAAAGUAUUUGAUAAAAAGGCCAAAAAGUUCUGAGUUCACUUUGUUUGUAUUUCCUUUUUAAUUCAUGUAAAACACUUUAAAUUGCCUUGUUGCUGAAAAUGUGCUGUAUAAAUAAAAUGACCUCACCUUAACUUACUGAG